UUAAACAUAUUUUUAGAGCAGCUCUGGUGAAUACACGCCUCCACAUUGUGGAUGGCACUCCAGUCUAGCUAAUGGUCUCUGUUUGAAGUAUGGCCACUUAGAUAUCCUGUUUAAGAUGGGGCUGUAUUGUCGCACCUUUGUUCUGAUAAGAUGGGGCCCCCGCCCCCAUCGACAAAGUGCGAACCGACUGGGAGGGCCGCGGCGAUAUAAAGGGGGGCCGGUGAAGUGUCACGGACACGCCGUGCUUCUGUUCAGUGACUUGUGCUUUGGUGUCACGCUGUCUAAAAAGUCUCAUCAUGGAUUUCCUCCGCGCUUUUUGCGUCCUGUUCCUGGUUCCCAGCGGCGCGUUUACGCAUGAGGAUAUAAAGGACGCGCUGCUGCAAAAGCUCGGCCUGGACGAAGUUCCCAAAAUCCAAAAGAGGGACCUGGAGAAUCUGAUCGUUCCGGCGCACAUCAAGAACAAGUACCUCUCCAUGCUGAAGACGCACCACAGCCGGAGGAGACGCAGAUCUCUGCCCAGCCUGGUGGGCAUCCUGAGGGGGGUUCCAGGCAAUGCAGAUAUCUCCGGGGAGUACGUGUACUCCGACACCACCCGGCAUCGCAUGGUGUUCGACAUGGAGGCGAGGAUCCCGGAUAACAGCGAGGUGACCAUGGCGGAGCUGAAGCUCUACCAGCGGGCCUCGCACCACAAACGGUACACCGUGGAGAAGAAGAACCACCGGCCCGUCAACAACGCCCGGGUCAGCAUCUACUGGGUGGAGGUGCUGCCCAGCGGAUCCAACAGGACCUCCCUUGUGGAUUCGCGGUUGAUCCCAAUUCACGAGACUGGCUGGAAGAGCUUUGAUGUCACCCAGGCCGUGCAUUAUUGGUCCAAGACGCAGCAGCAGAAGACGCCCAUGCACCUCGAGGUGUGGAUCGAGGGCGAGAGACCCGGCAGCUACGCCGCGGAGAUGGCCAGGAGUGUGCGCUUUACCACCCAGGAGCAGACUGAUAACGCCCUGGGGAAGCCCGAGCUCAUCCUCUACACACUCAACCUGGAAGAGUACGGCUCCGGCGGCGACUGUGAUGCGAACCAGAAUAAGGACACCUGCUGCAGAGAACAGCACUUCAUCAACUUCCGGUCACUCACCUGGACACAGUACUGGAUCAUCGAGCCGGCGGGUUACCAGGCCUUCAGGUGCACCGGAGGAUGCAAGCAGCCUAAACGCAACUACAGCUACGGAGAGCGGCGGUGCGUGGUGUCAGAAAGCUCCCCGCUGCCCAUCAUGUACCUGGUGAAAAAGGGGGACUACACUGAAAUAGAGGUGGCCGAGUUCCCCAACAUGAUUGUAGAAAGGUGUGCGUGCAUGCUGGACAACGUCUCUGUCGUAUGAAGGCAGUAGUAGUUACGGACUUUUAGGGAA